UGUCAUUUUACAUGUCUUCCCAGAUGGUUCACAAAAAGCAAUAAUGCAUGCAUCUCGAACACUAACUGCGGCAGAAAAGAAAUAUGCACAAAUUGAAAAAGAAGCCUUAGCUUUAGUUUUCGCCGUACGACGUUUUCAUAAAAUGAUCUACGGCCGCCGAUUUACCUUGCUGACAGAUCAUAAACCGUUACUUUCCAUUUUCGGAUCUAAAUCAGGUAUCCCGGUACAUGCAGCUAACCGACUACAACGCUGGGCAAUAAUAUUACUUGGAUACGAUUUCGAUAUUAAAUACAACCGAACUAACGAAUUUGGUCAAGCCGACGCUCUAUCUCGGCUAAUUAGCGACUAUCCUGCAUCAAGUGAAGAUAUGGUAAUUGCAUCGAUCGCCACCAAAGACUAUGCAGUUAACCUCAUCGACAAUGCUAUUCGAUCUCUACCAGUAACGUUUGCAGAAAUCCAGCGAACUACAAGCACCGAUGCCACCUUACGACGUGCUACACAGUAUGUAUCCAGUAAUUGGCCAAAGAUAAAAUAUAGUGGAGACCUAAAACACCUGUUUGCCCGUCGUGAUUCCUUAUGUGUUGUAAAAGAUUGCUUGAUGUUUGGAGAACGCGUAGUGAUACCUGAAGCAUUACGAAAUAAACUCCUGAAACAGUUUCACAUGGGACAUCCUGGUAUUCAGCGGAUGAAGAGUAUUGCUCGCAGCUACGCAUACUGGCCUAAUAUGGAUAAGCAUAUUAUCGACUUUGUUCAACGAUGUUCAAAAUGUCAACAAUCAGCAAAGCUACCCCACCAGCUACCUCCCGUACCGUGGCCUCCAGCAUCCCAUCCUUGGUCCAGAAUUCAUAUUGACUUUGCUGGCCCUACAAAUGGUGCAUACUAUUUAGUGGUGGUAGACGCUUUUUCUAAGUGGCCAGAAGUUAUACCAAUGGUUUCGCCGACAACGUCCCAGACUCUCAAAGCUCUCACUGACAUAUUCUCCCACCAUGGUCUCCCAGAAACCAUAGUUACAGACAAUGGUUCGCAGUUUACCUCUCAUCAGUUUCAGCAGUUCUGUCAUCAAAAUG